GCCCAGUACGAUGGCGCCUACAAGAUCUCAAGGGGCCUCUGGAAGAAGUACGGGGACAAGAGAGUCAUCGACACUCCAAUCUCCGAGAUGGGCUUCGCAGGAAUUGCUGUUGGCGCUGCUAUGGCGGGGUUAAGACCGGUGUGUGAGUUCAUGACGUUCAACUUCUCUAUGCAAGCAAUUGAUCAGGUCAUAAACUCGGCUGCCAAGACUUGCUACAUGUCUGCAGGAUUGAUCGGUGUUCCCAUCGUCUUCCGGGGUCCCAACGGGGCAUCAGCUGGAGUGGCCGCCCAGCACUCCCAGUGCUUCGCUGCUUGGUAUGGGCACUGCCCGGGACUGAAAGUUGUUAGUCCUUGGAGCUCAGAAGAUGCCAAAGGUCUGCUGAAAGCAGCCAUCCGGGAUGAUAAUCCAGUUGUGAUGCUGGAAAGUGAGUUGCUGUAUGGUGUUCCUUUUGAACUGUCUGAGCAGGCACAGUCAAAGGACUUUGUUAUUCCAAUUGGAAAAGCUAAAAUAGAAAGGGAAGGAACUCAUAUUACAUUAGUGUCACACUCAAGGCUUGUUGGACACUGUUUGGAAGCAGCUUCUGUACUUGCCAAAGAAGGUGUAGAGUGUGAGGUUAUAAACAUGCGUACCAUCCGACCAAUGGAUAUUGAAGCAGUGGAAGCCAGCAUUGUGAAGACAAACCAUCUAAUAACUGUAGAAGGAGGCUGGCCGCAAUUUGGAGUAGGAGCUGAAAUCUGUGCCAGGAUCAUGGAAGGACCUGCCUUUAACUACCUGGAUGCUCCAGCUGUGCGUGUUACUGGUACAGAUGUUCCUAUGCCCUAUGCAAAAAUCCUAGAAGAUUACAGCGUGCCUCAAGUGAAGGACAUAAUAUUUGCAGUGAAGAAAGUACUGAACAUCUAAGUUGUAAAUACAUGCUUUAAAGUCCUGCUUUACGAAGUGUUUAUGUUGUUGGGCAAGUUGUAUGUAUAACUUCUGUUGUAUAGUUAUAUGAACUUUUGUAUAGUGGGGAAUGUAUUGGUGACCUCCCAGGAUGUUUAUACAGGGUCACCCUCUAAGCCACAUGUCAUAUAAGCAACAAUGUGGUCAUGCUUGUUUCUUCAACAGUACAGGUGGGUUGGUGCUGCUGUAUGUGGAGAAAUCCUGUUGUAAA